AUGAGAUUUCAACAGCGAACACUACUGGAUAAGUGUCUAUAUCUAGAAUCCCAAAAUAAAGAACUUUCAGACAAGAAUAAUAAACUAAACGAUAAAGUAAAGAAACAGAGAGAGUUUCUAUAUUCUGCAAAAGAUGAGAUUGCUCAAUUAACUAAAGAAAAGACAAAUCUUGAACUAGAACUCCAGCAAUUGCGAGAAAAGGAACGUCCUCAAACAAUCGAUCUAUCAGAAUAUGAUACAUCUGCAGAUUUGAUUAUUCAUGAACAAAGAGAACAACCUAAAUCUAUCCAUAAUGGAGUAAGAGGGUCUCAUAAUACAUUUCUAUCACAAUUCAGGAGUGAUAGAGAUACUCGGGAAAGCAACAACAACAACAACAAUGCUAAUCAGCCAAUCACAUCUCUUCCUCCAGGAAGGAAGCAACGCCCACCCACAAUUCUCCAAGGUCUUCAAGGAAAUACUCCAGUUUUGCCAAUAGUCCCCAAUGAAGGAUCAAGAAGACAAUCGUUCUUUGCAGAAUCAACAAAGAUCGGAGAAGUAAAUUCAAUACUUUCUGCAUCUUCCGGGGGGACCACCAGCACUCCAUCCAGUUCUAGACACUUAGAACUAGCACCGCCGCUGAGAAUAUCUAGUGGAUCAUCUAAUGGUACUUCCAAACUUAGUGGAAAAAUGAGAAAGAGUCGUUCUUUGACGACACAAUUAGCUUCAAGAAUUGCUGCGAAUAUGAAAAUUGGUCCACCUGCCUCUGCUGCUUCAUCUGCUAUGCAAAUGUCUAUUAGAUUGCAAAAUGAUAGGAUUAGGAAACCCCCGACAUUGAAUAGGAGUCUUAGAAGGGGUACGGAUGUUUCUCCAUAUUUUAGAGGAGCAUAA